AUGAGUUAAGUUUUUUAAAAGAUCAAACGAUAAUGUACAUUUGGAACAAAAAGAGCAGAAAAAUGUAUAGAGAAGGAUGUUCAAGAUAAAUAAAUAAGUUAGUUCUGCAAUAUGGAUAAUUAAUUAGCAUUAAUGAACAAAGAAUAUAUAUAUGUUUAUAAUACAGAUAAUGGAUAUCAAUGUUAUAUGUUAAGAUAAAAAUUGUUUACGAAAUACUCAAAAAUAAUUGUUUAUCAUUUUAGAUUCAUCAAAUUUUAAAAUGUUCAUUUACUUCUUUUAGUUUGUACUGAUAGAAUAGUUGUAUUUUAUAAAAGCAGACUGAUUUUUAAGUAAAAAAUAAAUGAACCAUUAUACAGAUAUGAUAAUUUCUAUUAUGAUAAAUACGAAAACUAUUUCAUAAUUCAAGGAAGAACUAUGGCAGAUAACUUUAGUUUAUUUAUAAUAAGUAAACUUUUUUCAAAACAUGCUAAUCGUUAUUGUUUAACUCCAAAUUAUCUUAGAUUAGCAUUAGAUUAUAAUUCAAUUUUCUAUGAAACUAAAACAAUUUUUAAAUAAUUAAGCUAAAAUUAUUUAACAAUAGAUUCUAUCUGUAUGCUUCCUUAACAUAAAUUAUUUUUGUAUAAUAAAUAAGAAAAAGAAUUGUAUUUAUGUGAUUUGAAUAAACUCUAUUAAGCAUAUCCAACUUUUGCAUUUCUAGAUGAAUAUGAACAUAGCAUAUUUAAGAUUGAUAAGUCUUAGAAUUGUCUACCAUUUUAAUAUAUAAUAGGUGUAUAUAAUAAGGUGUAUGCUGAUAAAAUUGAAUAUCAUAGGAACUAUUUACUCCUAGUUUAAGAAAAGGAUCCAAUAUCUGAAAUAGUGUGGAAAGAGUAAUAUUGUUUAGAAGAUGAAGGAACCCUAAGUUAUAUGACAAAAAAUGGAAAAAGAUAUAGAGCCUGA